CUGCAGAGUUUAGUCUCUUGAGGCACAAACCCACUGAAGACAGCCAAGAUGAAAAUCAUAGACAUGUCAUUCAAAGAGGGCCAAGAGCUCAAGCUCCGCGUCAAGCCCAAGGAUGGCUGCUGCACCUUCGCCAUAAACAUCGGUCACGAUUCGGAGAACAUCGCGCUGCACUUCAACCCACGUUUUGAGUCCGGCACCAUAGUCUGCAACUCCCUGUCCGGGGGAAGCUGGGGUGACGAGCAAUGUGACGGGAACCUCCCUUUCUCAUGUGGGGAGGAAUCCAAGUUUUACAUUAACUACAACAAUGAGCAGUUUUACAUCAAGCUUCCUGAUGGCUCCAUGAUGAACUUCCCCAACCGACUAGGGGACGUCAAGUACAAGUUCUUUGAUGUCAGCGGUGAUGCAAAGCUCCUCGGCCUCAAGAUGAAGUAGACGUCCACCUCUGCUUGAUGCUUGACCUGUCCACUUUUUUUUUUUUUUUUUUUUUGCUGAGGUAGUCUGUUUUACAUUACUGAACCUAGGCCUGAUUACCCAUCUGUGCUCCACUAAAGCUUGUGAAAUAAAUAAAUAAAAACAUGGAUUGCUGAUGUUGUAGUGUGAGGGAAUGGCCUAAAGAGGGAGCCAAAGCACAUCUUAUCUCAUUGUGCUUUCCUUACAUUUCACUGGGUUCAAUAAAUGC